AUGGACCUCGCCUUCCUCCUCAACCCCGUUGACGACCGCUGCCGAUGGAGUUCGCCCACGACGACGCACAUGACGCACAUAACGCCGACGACGCUGACGCCGAGCUGGCCACCCAAGCGCCGCAUCGACAGUGCAUGGAACGACCUCCUCUCCAAACGCUACAAGCCCUACGGCAGCCGCAUUCUGCGCCAAGAAACGCGUUGCGCCAAACCGCUCGAGACGUCGUUCACACCCGAGAGCGUCGACUGGUGCACUACAUUCCUCGACGUGGGGUUUGACGCCAACAGCAUCUUCAACCAGAUCUGCCCACUGCGCAAAGGCCGGUGGCGCCAAGAAGAGGAAGCCUACGCCAUCGAGCUCGUCAAGAUGGUCCACGCCAACCGACUCCCGCUCAAGUUUCGCCAGUCGCUGCGGACGUUCCUCGCCCAGAAACUCCACAGCGACGAGAUGCGCGUGCUCAAGAAGGUCGGCACCUCGGAUGCAUUUGCAUUUGCGCGGCAGCGCGGUCACGUGGACGAAGACGCCGUCGUGACGGGAACAGCGUACGAGAACGAGCGAUCGAUCGAGCCGCUCGAGACGCUGCGCCGGGCGUUCUUGCGGUCAGUGCAGCUCGACGCAAUCGUGGCAGCACGCCAACACUUGGAUGACUAGAAGACGUAAUACUAUUUGAGAACAGAAAGGAGUGG